AUUCGUAUAACGUGUUUUUCCUCUCUUUCCUUCUAAAAUACUGUCUCUUCCUGGACCCCCAAUUCCACCCCCCCAAAUCUAUAUCAUCUCUGUCAUAAUAUUUUGCCAGCUAAAGCUUACCCUCUUCCCCUCCCCCUCGCACCGCGCCGCCCUGAAGAACGUAGUCCAAGAUGCGGUUCCUAGCCGCCUUGGCUUCUUCCCUAUGUUUUUCUUCCCUUGCAUCAGCUUCCCCUUAUCGUCCAGACCUCACAAGCUACAAUCUCAAUGUAAACCAGUCCGCCACGUACCCUACAGAUUAUUCUACUACCAGGUCGAACACAACCUACACCCUCUCUCCACAGAACUGGCGCGCAAUCCCAUUCUACACCAUCCUCCUCGACAAGUUCGCAGAUGGUGACCCUUCAAAUAAUCAGUUUUUUGGUUCUCCCUAUGAAUGGGAUUGGAGAGAGACUCAGUUACGUUUCGGUGGUGACCUCAAGGGUCUACUCACAAAAUUGGACUACAUCCAAGGUAUGGGCAUGAAGGGCUUAUAUCUCUCAGGUACAAUAUUCUUGAACAUGAUAUGGCAAGCCGAUAGUUAUUCUCCUCUCGACUUCUCCGUCUUGGACCCUCACUGGGGUACUAUUAAUGAUUGGGUAAACUUCAUCGACACUGUACACGCACGCGGCAUGUAUAUCAUGUUGGAUUUCACCGUUGGAACUUUAUCCGACCUUCUCGGCUUUCAAGGAUACCUCAAUGUCAGCGCACCAUUCUCUCUGACUGAGUAUAAUGCCCUGUACAAAAACCCAAACUACCUCCCAUGGGGUUUUGAGCAGUAUGCUGAUUUUUCCGUCAUCAAUCAGCGUAACCAAUCUUGUCAGCUUCCCGUCUUUUGGCAAGAUGAUGGAACAAUUCAGCCUGUAACGGGCUAUGAUGGCUGUUACGAGUCCGACUUUGAUCAUUAUGGUGACAUGGAAGCCUUUGGUGUUCACCCGGACUGGCAGCGUCAGCUCUCCAAAUUUGCCUCCGUACAAGACCGUCUCCGUGAAUGGAAGCCUUCCGUUAUGGAAAAACUCACAUCCUUUUCCUGCAUGACCAUCACAGCCCUUGAUAUCGAUGCUAUUCGUGUCGAUAAAUCCACACAGGUCUCCGUGGACGGCAUGACCGCUUGGGCAACCGCAACUCGUGCUUGUGCUACUAAUCUUGGAAAGAAGAACUUUUAUAUUACCGGUGAAGUUACUGGCGGUGAUACUUUUGGGUCGCUAUACAUGGGACGUGGCCGUACACCGACUAUGCUGCCCCCGGGAUUCCUCCAGGCUGCCAACUUGACAGAAUCGGAAAACCAGUAUUUCUUGCGUCCACAAUCGUCGAAUAACCUCGAUGGCUACGCGUUCCAUUAUUCAAUCUAUCGCUCGAUCACGCGUUUCCUCGGAAUGGACGGAAACUUGGCGGUGGCGUACGAUUUGGACUCGAACUUUGUCACCGCUUGGAAUCAGAUGUUCGUAAACAACGACUUCUUGAAUCCAAGCACUGGCCUCAUUGAUCCGAAACAUUUAUUCGGAACGAGUAAUUUCGAUGUUUUCCGUUGGCCCAGUUUGACGAAUGGCACAUUGAGGUCCGCAUUAGCCUCUUAUAUUACGUACCUGGUCAUGCCAGGGGUUCCAUUGGUCUAUUAUGGCGAAGAGCAGAACUUCUAUCUGUAUGACUCCACUGCUUCAAACUAUCUUUUUGGUCGUCAGGCUAUGAUGAGCAACAAAGCUUGGCAGCAUCACGGGUGCUACAAACUUGGUUCUGCCCAGUACUUCAACAUGCCCCUUGAGUCCGCCCUAACGGGGUGUGAGGAUGAUUGGAACUCCCUCGAUCAUUUUGAUCCCACAAUGGACAUGCGCCGCCUCCUGAAACACUUUAUGUACCUCCGGAGCACCUACAAUGCCCUCCAAGACGGUUUCGAUCUAGUACAGCGCGGAAACUGGACCUACUUUGUCGAAUUCCCAGGUUCAAACGAUACCGCAUCGGAAAUGGGCCUCUGGUCCGUGUCCCGUGCGGGGAUCACAGACGUGCAGACCCUUACAGGGCAGCACACCGACCAGGUCUGGCUAUUGUUCUCCAACACGAACGACUCGCAGACGUUUUCGUAUGAUUGUAGCGGUCCGCUGUGGAUAUCGUCGCCGUAUCAGGGUGGGGUGACGGUGAAGAACUUGCUUGCUCCGUAUGAAAACUAUACGCUCGCGAACUCGGGGUCGUCGUAUUAUGGUAAUGGGACACCGUAUUAUGGGUGUCUUGAGUCUGUGGACAUGAACACGUUCGGCAUCAAGGCCUUGGUCCCUAUCAACGAGUGGCUCCCCGCUCCCCCUAUGCUCACGAGGUUCCUGCCCGGGCAUGACGCACGCAUCGAAGUCACGCGGGGCGACCCAAACGCGACGGUGGUCAACCUAUGGCUGGAAUUCAAUAUGGAAAUGUCGUGUAAUAACGUCACGCAGAGUUUGUCGUUCAACGUGUCGUCUUCUGGCAUUGGUGGGCAGCCUACGCUCGACCAGACUUCGGUGGCGUGCGCUACAGUCACGAAUCCUGUCAUGUCGCCCAUUGUGGGAACUCCGUUCUCGCAGUGGUCGUGGUCUGGUACUCUGACCAACGUUUCGGAUGGAAUUUUGGAGAUUAUCCUUAAUAAUCCAGGGUCGUUCGAUGGGACAAUGUCUACUGGGAGCGUUGAUCAUCUCCUGCUGCGGAAGGGCGAAGCCAACAACAUUAUGGUUUUCCCCGAGUCUGAUUACGAUAACGAAGCGUUCAAAUAUGCUGAUGGUCAGUAUACGUUCACGCACCAUGCCUAUGGGUCGGACAUGUUCAGGUACUCGGGCAACUACGGACAGAGUUGGUCGAACUGGACGAGCUGGGAGAAUGUUACGACGAUAGACUCUGCCGUCGUCAGCAAUUCUGAUACUUUCUGGUCGGGCCAACAUAUCAUGAUGCAAUAUUGGAGCGGCGUCGCAACCACUGCCAGUGUCGUCGUGCAUGCAGAUCUGAACUACAAGCAGCAGCGCCGUGUUCCCCAAUUCCUCGCUCGGGGUCCUUUCAACGACUGGGGCUAUGAUCAGGGUAUCUCCAAUAUGAUGAAUCAGAUCGGCGAUGGUACUUGGGAGCUCGAAAUCAUGGCUGCAUGGCCAACCUACGUGCAGCUCAACGUAUUUGGAUACGAUGACUACUACUACGGCGACACCGACGCCGACGGCGUUAUGGAUCGUCUCCCACCAAACAGCAUUGCGCCCAAUUAUCUGAACAUGUCGGCACCGCCUUACCCUGCACUCGCGUGGGCAUUAGUCGUUAAUGAUGCUACAAUGUCGUGGACUCUUGAGCCUCGUGGCCAGGCUUCCGUCGGUGCCAUCAUGUACGGACUUCUUUGCUCUAUCUCCCUCAUUUCCGGAAUACUCGCAGUCAUCAUUUUCAUGUAUACUUUCUACGGUAUCCGCCACAACCGGUAUGGUGUACAGACGAACUCGGGCGCAAGCAAGUAUUUCCCUAUCAUCGGAUCGCUCGGCAACAAGUCGACUGCAGACUUCAAGGAAAGCGCGACUCCCAUCACGGAAAAAUUCUUUGGGGGCAAGCCCAAUGCGGAAAUCAUAGGAUGGCCAGAAGACAAGAACAAGCGGCGCAAGGUCCUGAUCGCGACGCUCGAGUAUGAGAUCAUUGACUGGAAGCUCAAAGUCAAGAUCGGAGGUCUCGGUGUGAUGUCGUCGCUCAUGGGGAAAGCUAUGACGGACGUUGACCUGAUCUGGGUCAUUCCAAAAGUCAAGGACCUUGAUUACCCCGCUGGUGAACCUGCAGAGCCCAUUGAGGUGGUCAUCUUCAACGAGCCCUACCUUAUCGAAGUGGAGACCCACGUGUUGGACAACAUCACCUACGUUAUCCUCGACAGUCCCGUUUUCCGUGCACAGACCAAGUCGGACCCCUACCCAGCCCGCAUGGACGAUCUCAGUUCCGCCAUCUUCUACUCUACAUGGAACCAAGCCAUCGCAACUACCAUUCGCCGAUUCCCCGUCAUAGACAUAUACCACGUCAACGACUACCACGGCGCGCUCGCUCCGAUAUACCUCCUGCCCAAAGUAGUACCCGUCUGUCUCUCGCUGCACAAUGCUGAGUUCCAGGGUCUGUGGCCGCUUCGAACAAAGGAAGAAAUGAAAGAAGUCUGCUCCGCGUUCAACAUCAGCAAAGAGCACUGCACGAAAUACGUCCAGUUCGGAAACACGUUCAACCUGCUUCACGCCGCUGCAUCGUUCAUUAGUGUUCAUCAAAAGAGUAUCGGUGUCGCUGGUGUGUCGGACAAGUAUGGGAAGCGAAGUUGGGCACGUUACCCUGCUCUGUGGACCCUCAAACAUGUCGAUUCGCUGCCUAAUCCUGAUCCUACGGAUAUUGCGGCUUUGGACGAGAAUCCUGUGGCUAUUCGUGAUAUUCAGAUUGAUGAGGCUGCUGAGGCGCAGCGUCCGGAGAUGAAGAGGCAGGCUCAGGAAUGGGCAGGCAUCAAGCAGGAUCCCGACUCUGACUUGUUUGUGUUCGUUGGUCGUUGGUCUAAGCAGAAAGGUGUCGACCUUAUCGCGGAUAUUAUGCCAUCGCUCUUGGAAAAACGCCCGUCCAUUCAGUUGAUUACUGUUGGACCUGUCAUCGAUCUUUAUGGUCGGUUCGCUGCGGAGAAACUUGCUCGGUUGAUGGAGAUGUACCCUGAUCGCGUUUUCUCGAAGCCGGAGUUUACUGCGCUUCCGCCUUAUCUGUUUAGUGGUGCUGAUUUCGCUUUGAUUCCUUCCCGUGAUGAACCGUUUGGAUUGGUCGCCGUCGAAUUCGGCAGGAAAGGUGCUCUUGGUGUUGGUAGUCGACUUGGUGGUCUUGGGUUGAUGCCUGGAUGGUGGUUCCCUGUGGAAUCUACCUCGACGGCCCAUAUGUUGUCUCAGCUUUCGAAGACGAUCAAAUUAGCGUUGAAAUCCACAGAGGAAGAAAGAGCUAUACUUCGUGCUCGGUCAGCCGUCCAGCGUUUCCCAGUCGUCGAAUGGCGCCAGCGGAUGGAAGACAUGCACCGAAGGAGUAUCUUCAUGAGCCGAAAGCUAGCUGGUUCAAACGCUUGGCGAGAGUCGGACUGCGGCAGUGAACCUUCUCAGGCGAUGGCGGAAGUAGAGGAUUGGAACCCUGUAAAUCAAGGACUGCCUGUUCAACCUGACUGGGACGCCCAGAGUGCCAUGUCAUCCCCGAGAAUGGUGCCUAGUUCUCCUGGACAGUGGAGCCAGGUCUCGACGCCCAAUGAUGAGAGCGGCUUCCUGACGGCACCACCUCGUUUCGGCGUCAACCGCGACUCGUCGUAUACAUCGGAUACUUCUGACGAGGAACAUUCACGGCAUAGUUUCGCGACUAGUAGUCGGCCUGGUUACAGUGACUUCUUGGAGAAAGCGAACAGGACAAUUGCACAAGAUCAUCGGCAUGCGCCAGAUCCUUUCCUGAGUGUGACGCCGCCUACAAGACCGUUUGGGUCGCACUCUCGAGUGGCCUCGAUGGAGUCCAUUGGCAGCAUUGUCGAAGAAAAGACUAACUCGCCGUUGAACAAGGCUAUUGCGACGUUCACGGAUUCCGAUGGUGGCGUUGCCUCAGAGUUCGUGCAAAAGCUUCAAGCAUUGAAUUCGGAUAACUCCAAAGGCGAACUUUCUAUUGAGAAGUACCUUGUCAAGUCUGAGGAGGCCUUCUUCGAACGUGUGAGACGAGACAAGCUGUCCAGUGCAGCCAGCUACAUUUCCUCGCACCGAGAGUCUGUCUGGAGCAUGCCUGGCACACUCACAAUCAACGAGCAGCACUCCCGUCCGACAUCCCCGAGAACACCUAGCUCUCACCCAUUCAAUCCGGAACCGGAAUUUGACGGCAACCUCGUGAUCAUGAACAGAGUCCAAAUUGCCAUGGCUCGACAAUAUGGAGGCUGGCCGUUGUAUACUAUCAUCAUUGCUCUCGGCCAGAUGCUUGCUGCAAAUAGUUACCAAAUGACCUUGCUCACUGGUCAAAACUACCAGGACAACCUUCAGCUAUAUGUUCUCAGCGCUGUAUUCUUAGCUUCUUCUUUUGUUUGGUAUACGAUGUUCCGCUUGAAGCCUUCUGUCUAUGUUCUUUCUGCUCCAUGGCUCUUCUAUGGCAUAGCAUUCUUUUUGAUUGGCCUUCCCUCACUAUCAUCGAAGCUUCAAGUCACUCAUACCAUCUUAUCGGACAUUGCCACUUGGUCAUAUGCUGUCGCCUCUGCUGCUGCUUUCAUUUUCUUCGGUUUGAACUUUGGAGAGGAAGCGGGUGCCGCUACGGAAGUCUGGACGCUGCGCGCUUGCAUUGUACAAGGUUCUCAACAGAUUUGGGUGGCUGCCCUGUGGUACUGGGGUAGCACACUGAACACCGCGAAACCUGGAAGUCUUACGCCUUGGUGGAUUGUCCUUAUCUUGUGGCCGCUCUCAAUCAUGUCGUUUGGGUUUGCAUACUUGAUGUUGUACGGAUUACCAGAAUACUACCGACAAACCCCUCCGAAAGUUCCCAACUUCCUCAGGACUCUCUUCCGAAGGAAACUAGUUCUUUGGUUCCUCGCAUCUGAAAUCUUACGUGAUUAUUGGCUCAGCGGGCCCUACGGUCGCAACUGGGGUUUCCUGUGGAGUGUUCCGAUCCCCAAGUGGGCGAUUAUGCUUCUGAUCAUCUUCUUUUUCAUCGGUGUUUGGGCUCUCAUGCUUUAUAUCCUCACGUCCUUGAGUAAGACGCAUACUUGGUUGUUGCCUGUGUUCGCUGUCGGCCUCGGUGCUCCAAGAUGGUGUCAGACAUUGUGGGGCACCUCGUCUCUUGCACUCUAUAUCCCGUGGGCUGGCUCAGGGGGACCAUACCUUGGUCUUUCUCUGUGGCUUUGGCUCGGCGUUUUGGACGCUAUACAAGGUGUCGGUUUGGGAAUGAUUCUCCUGCAGACAUUGUCAAGAUUGCACGUCUGCGCCACGCUCGCUUUCGCUCAGGUCAUUGGGUCUAUCUGUGUUAUGGCCGCCCGUGCAACUGCACCAAACCGCAUCGGUCCAGGGAGCGUGUUCCCUGAUGUCGGAACAUGGGACUUCUCCCAAGGUCUCAGUGGCAGCCCAAUGGCCUCCGCUCCAUUCUGGAUAGCGUUGAUCUGCCAGAUCGUCAUUGUACUAGGUUACUUCUGGUUCUACCGCAAAGAACAACUAGCUCGACCAUAAUUAUGCUAUUCGCUGUCAUCAAUCACGCACAUACUAGAACCAUCACUCCACUCCAAGGACUUGCUUGUUUUCAUGGACACUUUCAUUCACUCGGAUUUUUUUUCGCUGUUGGAUCAUAGGUGCCAUCAACUUUCUGGACUCUGUACUCGCACACAUCACGCUCUUUUAGAUUGUUGACACUUGGUCGACCAAAAUCGUGUUACAUACUCUAACUCCAGUGCCUCAUACAAGUAGUGCACAUAUGACAUACUUCCGAAUAUUUUUAUAGAUCUGUUGUUGUUAGAAUUCCUGUUUACAAUAUACAUAUCUACCUCACUUCACCAUGAAUUAUACCUUGCACAAGCUC